GUCAGAUGAAAGAAAAUAUCAGAAUUGUGUGAAAAGCAAUAAAAAUUCUCGAAAAAAGCAGAAUAACAAGUUCAAGUACAUAAAAAAGGAGUUGACGAAGAAGAAGUACAAGUUUGCUGUGACCAUGACUUCUUGGGCUGAAUCAUUUACUCACGCAGCGACAUGGCAAUUGAAGACUGAAUUGGCUUAUUGGAAGGCUAAAGCGAAGUCCCUUGAGUACGAGAACGAGGUAUUACACAACGUGAUACGUGAAAAUUCUAUGCAAUUUAAACAUAGUGCAGGUAAGAGGGCAAGUGAGAGCGAAGACGAGGAUGAACAUAACGUUGAGGAAACUUAUGAAGAUGCAUACGCUGAUGAACAAACAUAUCCUGAUGAACAAGAAGUCUACAAAACUGAAGAUAAUGAUGACCUAGAAGUGAGUGAGGAAUUUGUGAAUUUUUUGCGAGAAAACGCUAAAUAUAGAGAAGAUGCUAGACAAGAAAGAGAACGCUAUAAGGCUAAGGAAGCUAAGGAAAACAUUGUAGAAGAAAUAGAAGCUGGCCCUUCCAAGCCCAAAGACAAGACUGAAGAGCUGAAAGAGCUAUAUGGUGACAACUGGAUGAAGAUAGCAGCCAUAGAAAAUUAUGUACAGUCAAAUUUUAUAAAUGAGAGCGAUAUAUGCCAGCCGAUGUACUGGCCUAAUAUACCAUUUAAUUUCAACUUUAGCUGAAGGUAUGCCCCUGUUGUGAAGGUACUUCACAAAUGGUUUUGGAGGCUAAUAGCCGUUUUAUUAUUUGAGUUUUUCUAUCUGCUUAUGCGUGAUCAUUUGCGGUAUUCCAAUGCGGAUUCAUUUGGUUGCCGGAUUUAAUUUUAAAAUUAGAAUUGAUUAGAAAUUACAAUCUUAUUGUUCACUAGAGUUAGUUAUAAUGGUACUUAUUAAGGUCUCAGGUUGAAUUUGAAGUGAUGUGUACACGUUGAAAAUAGAACUCUUGCGUGGUUGAUUUGCAGUAAUAUAGGACAUAACAUUAUGUUGCAGUGCCAUUGACCCUCAGAUCUUUACAAUUUAAAGCCAUGAGUGGCACUGCACCAGCUAUGAGCACGUGUCAAGUGACAUAUCAGCUUCACAACUUGUUCAUCCCGGUACUGUUUUAUCACAAAAAACCAACAACUGGUUGAUGAUGUCAUGAUCUCAGUCAGUCAUGACCAUGGGAUCUGUAAGCGUCCUGAACGUUGGUUAGAAAAAAUAAAUGUACACAUUUGAAUCCAAAAAAAUUUACUUCCAAUAUAUUGUUACUUUUUUCUUGAAUUGGAUUUUCCAAGCACUAUGGAAAUGUCAUUUUAUUACCUAUAUAUUUUUGAGAAACUUAAUUUUCCGGGUUUGUUCAAACAACAUUCACUUGAAGAAUAUCGCACCAGUUCUUUUGCCAAAAAAAUGCAAACCUUUGCAAUAAUUAUUCCAUUGAAUAUCAUGAUUUUUUGACACUAUCUGUAGCUCAGUUGGUAAGAGUUGUGGCCCCAGUGUUGCAACAGAUGCUGGUUCAAGAGCUGUCAGAUUGAAGGAUUUUUUGUUGUUCAUUCUAUGUAAUAAAAAUGCAAAACUGUACUAUUAUUCCAGAAAAACCAUAGCUCUUGGCGUAGUAGCCUUUCAAUUUCAGAUAAAUAGUUCACUCUGUUAAACUAAAGAAUUUAAUUUAGUUUUUUACUAAUUUAUAUUUUUAUUCUACCCAUGUUGGCAGUCCCCCAUAAGGGAGAAGCGUAUGCCUCUAAAUUUAUUUUAUAAAAUUUAUAUUUAACUCUUUACCAUUUACAAUAAGACUUAAAACAUAAAGCUCAGAUUGCAAUAACUAAACUUACACUGUACCAUGUAUAACAUUAAAAUUGUAAUCUUUGAUUAAUGUUUAUGUAACAUGUUAUUAUUGGGAUCCAUGUGUAAAACAGUGUUCACAGUGAGUUAAGAGUGUUGUAAUAUGAUUAAUGUUAAGAUGGUUGUCAAGGGUGGCCUGGGCAACCCUACAUAAUUUGUAUCUAAUACCCAUUGACUUA